GGUAUUCUUGAAUAUUUUACGCAUUUUAAACCAUAAACAUCUGCUUUGUCCAGAUAUUUUUACGGACAUUCAAUGUACGCUACCUUGCAACAUACGUGGGACAUGGAGGACGAUGCACCUGUGAUAUACGGCCUCGAAUUUCAGGCUCGUGCACUUACUUCCCAGACAGCUGAAUCAGAUGCCAUUCGCUUUCUUGUGGGCACCCAGUCCCUCAAAUUUGACAAUCAGAUCCACAUCAUUGACUUUGAUGAUGAGAAUAACAUCAUUAGUAAGAGCGUCCUGCAGCACCAGGCAGGGGAGAUAUGGCACAUCAGUGCCAGUCCUGCAGAUAAAGCCGUGCUGACGACCUGCUACAACAAAACCAGUGAGAGUCGUGUGGUGACGUGUGGGGCUGUUUGGAGGAUGCCCCCAGAGUGGGAGUCAGGGAGCCAUGAGUCCCCAGAUGACCCCCACAACUCCCACAACCCCCAGAACCUGGAACUCCUCUGUCACCUUGACAACAGCGCCCAUGGCAAUGCCUCCUGUGUCCUGUGGGAGCCCAUGGGAGAUGGGAAGCGUGUGAUCUCUCUGGCUGAUAACCACGCUCUGCUCUGGGACCUGACGGAGAGCUCUACCCAGGCCACG